ACACUGACCUUAACAACUCUGGAAACUUCAACGAUCAAUGACCCGAACGUGUGGCUGCAAAACAGAAACACCGUUAGGACUCGUUACAGGAAUGGGGUUAUUCCUGUAACCACCCUCCGGCGUGAGAAUAAGUAUUCGUUCUUUUGGAGAAGUAUAUGAAGGGAAAAGUGUAUGGGAAUUAGAUGAUCGUACCUUACGUAUUUGUCUUUAUUUAUAGGUUCUCAAUUAGGGUUUCCCUUAUUUUAGGAUGUGCUCCGAUAAGGUGGAGAUUUACAUGAUCUUCCCGAAAAGUGGGAGAUUUAGUUAUGCACCUUCCUUAUAGAUAUGGAAGGUUCUAGAAUAAUUCUGGGUAUUUAUGUAAAUAUAAAAGGUUGUAACCGGGUCGGGUGAGCGACGCGGGUCACACCUCGUCAUGUCCCCCCAGUCCGAGCUCAUGGAGGGAGUCCAUUAGGUCGGACUAAGAGAAAAAGAAAAAGGGGAAACUCGUAAUGAUUUGUGUGACGACCUUUGGAAAUGACGGCGAAAAUAGCGGAUGUGACAGUUGGGUCAUCUCGUCAAUGACAGCUGUCUUUUCCCGUGAUUGACACGUGCGUCGAUUCGUACACAUUUUUGAAUUUGAAAAGUUUUCGUAUCUUAUAAAAGACGAUGCCUUAAACGGAUGUUCAAGAAAUCACCCCCAAAUUACUCUAUCACCAUCUUCUCUAUUCAAUGGCUUCAAAAACGACCGAAUCCUCUUCCGCCGCUUCCAUGGACGUACUACUGUGCAAAUGGGGCGUGAUGUCUUUCAACAAUUUGGUCCAUGAUUAUGGCAUUAGGGCUGAAUGGAAUCCUGUGUUGCCGUCAAAAACCGACACCGCCUUUCCCCUGAAAGCAGGUAAAAUCACUUUGUUUAGUGAUUUUUUCAAGUUUUGCAACUUCCGGUUACCCAUCACCAAAUUUUUGAAAUUGGUGCUUGAUUUCUACCGCAUCCACAUUUCUCAAAUACAUCCUCUUGGCCUUGUGAAACUUCGACAAUUUGAGUAUGCCUGCGUAGCUCUUGGUCACAUCCCAGAACUGAUCGUCUUUAGGGCUUUCUUCGUACUUGUGUGGAAAUCCCCUUUCUUUACCUUUGAUCGGCGGGAUACCGAAGUAUCAUGUCUGAGGGAGAUCCCUACAAGUUCUAGAGACAAGGAUUGGAAGAAAAAAUUCUUCUACCUGGAUGCCAGUGCUAUUCCCGGGGAAAUGCAUUGGCAAGAUAAAGGACCGAAGGAUAAAGUGAAGGAUGAUGCUCCCCCUGCAGAUUCGUACGCGUCAAAUGCGCUGUAUGUAAAACUGUGUGGCCGCCCCUUUGAGUGCACUAUUAUUCCAGAAGGGGCGCUAGUGAUGGCCGGUAUGAGCCUGUUAUGGCCGGAUAUAAGGCGUUAUCCCUCAUUCCAACGGGAAGAUGGAGGGGAGUGGGGGAUGUUUGACUUUGUUGAUCCACCACGUCACCUGGCGUUGAAACCCAACGACCGGAGACUUGAUGAAGGGGAACCAGAUGUGUUGAAAGUGCAUCUGGAACAAUUUCUUCUACCGGCGAUGCCAACGGAUCCCUUGGAGUAUAUCGCUCCCUUGUCGGGUAUGGCGGCCGCUACUUCAGCAUCAUCAGAGAAGAAACCUAUUCGGCUAAAGCUGUCUGGGAGAAAACCUGCAGCAACCACUGUCAGCGUGCCCGUGAUGGAAGAGACGCCCAACGCGAGUCGUGAAGUUUCCUUAGCUUCCGACCUGACCAGUCCCGGCCGUGCUUCGAAAAAGAGGAAAAUCUUUGUGGCACCUACGCUGAGCGCGUUUCAGGCGGUGCAAGCCGCAUGUGCAAUUUCACCAGGUACCUUUGCGGGAAUAUCAUCCGGGGGUGUGCCAUCCACUGUUGUUUCGACUAUGGCGGCGUCUUGUACUGGUAGUACCAGCAUGCCUACGAGUCCACAAGUUUCAGCGUCAUUCGCUCCCGCUGUGAGCUGCAUCAUGCCCAUUCCUAGUUCUACGGUAUCCAUAGCCGUAACUUCCGAGCCGCUGCCCUCGCUUCGAUCAGGUGGUUUUGACACAACCCUUCCUGAAUCGCCCAAGGACAUGUUUGCUGGUUUUGACACCAAUGCUGCUGCCGCGUCGACCGCGCAUGAGGCAACUAGCGUGGGUGGAGGCGAUAAUCGUGCGUCGAGCAGCGGCAUUGCUGACGAUGGUGCCCGCUUGAUUGAUGAUUUGUUUAUACCUACCGUUUGUUGGGAUCCUCAUGCCCAGGAUAAACGUUACCAGCCUCAAUGGAAGAUUGCUGAAUCUUCCUGACUUAUCUUUCCUCC